UUUCGAAUUAUAGAUGGUGCAAUGGUCAAGAAAUAGUUCAGAGUAGAGUGCUGUAGUUCAAACGUACCCUGCUUUCCUUAACCAAGUAGGAAAAAUGUCGCCCGCAGUGAAGAAGGAAAAGAGAGAAGUCAAAGACAAAUCAAAGAAUCGGAUGAAAGAUCUACACAUCCGAAAAUUAUGUUUAAACAUUUGUGUAGGUGAAUCUGGUGACAGAUUAACUCGUGCUGCCAAGGUUUUAGAACAAUUGACUGGUCAACAACCUGUAUUUUCUAAAGCUAGAUAUACCGUCAGGUCGUUUGGUAUUCGUCGUAAUGAAAAAAUUGCAGUACAUUGCACUGUAAGAGGUGCCAAAGCUGAAGAAAUCCUUGAGAGAGGGCUCAAAGUAAGAGAAUAUGAGUUGAGGAGGGAUAACUUUUCAGUGUCUGGUAACUUUGGAUUUGGUAUUCAAGAACACAUCGACUUAGGCAUCAAAUAUGACCCAAGCAUUGGAAUUUAUGGUUUAGACUUCUAUGUAGUCUUAGGCAGACCAGGAUUCAAUGUUGCACAUCGCAGGAGAAAGCAGGGAAAAGUUGGUUUUGCACACAGGUUGACCAAAGAGGAUGCGAUGAAAUGGUUCCAACAGAAAUAUGAUGGUAUAAUCCUUGCUAGUAAAAAGUAAAACAAAUGUACAAUUUAUGUUUGUAAUUAACAUAUGGUGUACAAUCAACAAUAAAUUUUGUUACAAAAG